CAUAGCACUUAUGAAUCCCCAAGUAAAGCCUCAUGCCAGAGAGGCUGCACGAUGUUGCCAGUAAAAUCUAAAGGGUGGAUAAAAAUAAGUGAUUUCUCUCUGUGUAGGGACUGACAGCAGCCAGCCAGUGGCAUGGCGUCGUCAGAGGACGGCGUGAGCACCUGGAGCUGUAAGAAGGUGGCCCAGUGGCUGCAGGAAGAAGGUUUCGGGGAGUAUGUGGAGCUACUGUGCAUCCAGCACCGCCUGGACGGCCCCAGCCUGCUGGCUCUGACUGAGGCCGACCUGCGUGGGCCUCCGCUGGGCCUCACUGUGCUGGGUGACAUCAAGAGGCUGACCUUGGCCCUCCGCCGGCUCCAAAGACAAAACCAGACCCAGCUGGAGGAGCUCGGUCUCCGGCCUGCAGAUAGCCUCACUGCUGGGAUCUCGCAGGGUGCUGCAGGGGUGGAGUGGAGCUGUGAUAGAGCUGACCGGAGGUGUAAUGGAGGAGAUCGCUUGUGUAACGGGACUGAACUGCGUCUGAGGAAUGGGGAUAGACCUGGAUACGGUUCGGGAGCAGCGUUGUGUCAUAUGCACUCCAACGGGAGGUGUAGGCAGCACCUGGCUGGGAGAUUGGACCCAGAGGUCUGGAAGACAGUCAUCAGUUCCAUUUAUGUGUUGUUUGUGUUUGGAUUCACAUCCUUCGUCAUGGUCAUCGUGCAUGAGCGUGUCCCAGACAUGAGGACAUAUCCACCACUGCCUGACAUAUUUCUGGACAGUGUUCCCAGAAUCCCUUGGGCUUUUGCAAUGGCUGAAGCCUGUGGCCUCAUCCUGUGUUACAUGUUGCUGUUGAUCCUGCUGCUUCACAAACACAGGUCCAUUCUCUUCAGGCGGCUGUGUUCUUUGAUUGGAACUGUAUUUUUGUUACGAUGUUGCACCAUGUUUGUCACCUCGCUCUCUGUGCCAGGGCAGCACCUGAAGUGUGCCAGUAAGACAUAUGGUGAUACCUUGGAAAAGAUACAGAGAGCGUUAGCGAUCUGGAGUGGAUUUGGAAUGACUCUGACUGGCGUCCAAACGUGUGGAGAUUACAUGUUCAGUGGGCACACAGUUGUCAUCACAAUGCUCAACUUUUUUGUGACUGAAUACACUCCACGAACCUGGAAUCUGAUUCACACCAUCUCCUGGGUGUUGAACCUGUUUGGGAUUUUCUUCAUUCUGGCGGCUCAUGAGCACUACUCCAUCGAUGUGUUCAUCGCCUUCUACAUCACUACCCGCCUCUUCCUCUACUAUCACACUUUAGCCAACACUCGAGCCUACCAGCAUAGCCGGAGGGCGCGCAUUUGGUUCCCCAUGUUCUCCUUCUUUGAGUGCAAUGUGAACGGACCUGUCCCCAAUCAGUACAACUGGCCCUUUGAAAAACCUGCCUUCAUGAAAACUCUGAUUGGGUAGAGAGUGUUUUCCAAAGACAGCAGCUUCAAUGUGCGUGGACUGGAAUAUUGAAGCCU